ACUCACUUCCGGUUUCUCGUAAAGUUUGGGGCUAAAAAACUCCAGCGCUAUAAAAAUGUCAGCAAUUGCUGGCGAAUUGUUAAAACGGGACGAAGAUGAAGAAUUCAAGAUAUUCGUACUUUUAUACUACAACGCAUUGCAAGGGUCAGGGAUACCAGAAACCUACUGGAGGAGCCUACACCAUAAAAUCACCAACGAGGCUUUUGAUGCUGGGGAUGUGUUUGGAAUCAUCCAAAUGCAAGAAAAUUAUGGUGGAAUAAAGCAGGAGUGCGUGGAUGAGGACAACCCUGGAACAAGGUUACGCUCCAGAGUGAUUGUUACUUGCGAGAGUGGACUGCGAGCUUCACAACCGACAAGUAUUUUCUUGGUGGACCAUGCUUGGACAUAUCGUGUUGAUCAUGCUCGUCAGCAGUUGGAGCAGAUUCCUGGCCUGUUGCCCCGAAUGGCCUCCCUCAUGGGGUUGGACUUGAGUAGGAAGAAUAGCGAUGCUGAUAAAGUAGAGUUGGUGAUGGAGCACAUGUGGCUGUACAACCAGACCUAUCAACUUUCCCAAGGGUCUGCGGAGGAGAAGAUUCCAGUGUGGUACAUCAUGGACGAGUUUGGUUCUCAAGUGCGUCACUCUGACCAUCCCAGCUGUGGCAUGGCUCCCUUCUUCUUUGUUGAAGCCCACGCGGCCUACACUGUACUCUGGCCUCUCAGAGACCUGCAAGAGGGAGAUGAAAUAACCCGUGACUUUGCAUAUGGUGAGUCAGACCCUCUGGUCAGGCAGUGCCGUUUGUUACCAUGGAUACCUGCUGAUCUACAAGGGGUAUGUGAAAAAACCACAGAGCCAGCAGAUUCAUAUUAUGAGGCUGUUUUGAAGGAGAACAAAGAGCAACUUCCUCUGGAAAUUAAUCCCUCCACACUACCCCAGGGCAGAAUACUUAAGGUGUACUCUGAAAUGUCACAAGUGAUUAACAACUUGACGCAUUCACGUUUCCAGCUGACGGACAAUGAGGAGGAGGCGGAUAUCGUUUGGAGCUACAACCACAUCAAAGACUUCAGGAAGCUCAGCGUGGAGCGACCUCAUGUCAUGAUUAACCAGUUUCCCUGUGAGAACCUCAUCACUGUGAAAGAUUGCCUCGCUGCCGUGGCCCGCAGAGUGAAGGAUGGUUCAGAUGUGAUACCGAAGACCUUCAACCUCCAGACAGAGCUUCCACAGUUCAUAAGGCACUAUCAAGAGAGACAACAGAGGGGACAAGAUAACCACUGGAUAUGUAAGCCCUGGAAUUUGGCACGUGGGAUGGACAUACACAUCACCAACAAUCUGAACUACAUAAUCCGACAGCGAGAGAGUACACCAAAGGUCGUGUGUAAAUACAUUGAGGACCCAGUGCUGUUCGAGAGGGACGACGUUGGACUGGUGAAGUUUGACAUCCGCUACAUGUUGAUGUUGCGCUCUGUGAACCCUCUGCGCCUCUACGCCUACAAUGUCUUCUGGUUGCGCUUUGCGAAUAGACCUUUCUCUCUGGACCAUUUUGAUGACUACCAGAAACACUUUACUGUCAUGAACUAUACAGAGGGUGUGGAGCUAAAGCAGGUUCACUAUGAUGAGUUCAUCCCCAUGUUUGAAAAACAGUACCCCCAGUAUCCAUGGAAGGAAGUGGAAGCUCAGUUGUUUAAAGCGUUCAAGAGGCUCUUCCAGGCUUCUUCAUCUCGACCUGCCCCAUAUGGUAUUUGCCCGUACCCGUCUUCCCGAGCAAUCUAUGCCGUAGACCUCAUGCUGAAGUGGAGAACGGAGGACAAUGCAGGUGAGCGUGUCAUGAUCCCUCAGAUUCUGGAGUUCAACUUCAGCCCAGACUGCGCCCGAGCCUGCCUCUACCACCCAGACUUCUACAACCACAUGUUCCAGACACUGUUUUUGGACCAGCCUGACGACUGCCCUGUUACACAGAUUGCGUGAUAAUUUCCUACAGCUCAUAAUCAAUAUUUCUGCCCUUUCCUUCUACCAACUUCUCGUUUUCCUUAUCUUUGUUUGUUUCUUUGUGUUUUGGGAAAAUAAACCAACAGAUGAGGGUUGUUCAAAGUAUUCCAUUGGUGCUAUCGAAGUUAAACUUUGUAAACUAGUUUGACUGAAUUGCAGUUGACUUUACAUCAUGUUAUAGUCCCAGUUAGUUAGACACUAGUUACUGAAGGUCUGGACUGGCCCGCCAUCUAAAACAGUCUGAACCUCUUGCGUUCCACGUUCCACACUUUUCCUACAAGAUAUUUUUUUAAAUCCGUGAUCAUGACAGUGACAUAUACCAAUUUCAGUGGACUUUUAUUUUGAAAUGCCACAUUAGAUUUUGAUGGAACCUCUUUUGUUGCAGACCUGGGGGGGGGUAGUGUCCCCCAGAACUGGUUUGGUGUUGUGAUAACUAGGAUUUUUUUUUUUUUUAAAUAAUUUUUGAAAUCCGUGAUCAUGACAGUGAAAUAUAGCAAUUUCAGUGGACUUUUAUUUUGAAAUGCCACAUCAGAUUUUGAUGGGACCUCUUUUGCUGGAUACCUGGGGGGGGUAGUGUCCCCCAGAACUGGACCGGUGUUGUGAUAACUAGGAUAUUUUUUUUAAAAUAAUUUUUUAAAUCCGUGAUCAUGACAGUGACAUAUACCAAUUUCAGAGGACUUUUAUUUUGAAAUGCCACAUCAGAUUUUGAUGGAACCUCUUUUGUUGCAGACCUGGGGGGGGUAGUGUCCCCCAGAACUGGACCGGUGUUGCGAUAUCUCAUUAAAAAUAUUUAACAGAUUUUUUCAGUCAGGGGUAAUGAAAGCAACAUGCAGUUUUCAGAGAUUUUUAUUUUGAAAUACAAUAUCAGAUCUUCAUCAAACCUCUUUUCGCGGAGUCCUUGGUGGUCUGUCACACAGAUCUGAACUUGUCUUGAGAUACCAAUGGGAUUAUGUUGGGGUGGCUUUGGCUCAGUAGGUAGAACAGGUUCGAAUCCCUGCUACGACUGUCCGCAUGUCGAAGUUUCCUUGGGCAAGACACUGAACCCUAAUUUGCUCCCAGUGGGCAUGGCAGCGCCUUGCAUGGCAGCAGUCGCCCAUUGGUUUUUGAAUAUGAGUCUUUGUAAAGCGCUUUGGCCACUGUGAUGAUGGAGAUAAAGCGCUAUAUAAGUGCAGUCCAUUGCCAUUUAUUUUUCCUAAGAUAUCAAAUAAAGUAUAUUUUUUUUAUGUA